AAAUUGAGUAAAACUUGUGUAAAAAUAUUUCAUUCAAAACCAGGUGUUUCUCGAAUUUAAUUAAUUGUAAUCUCAAUUCAAUUAUCGCAAAACAUGGCGCCCACUCUGUACUUGAGCCGAAGAAGCCCUCCGUGUCGUACUGUCCUCUUUGUGGCCAAACUUCUGAACGUAGAGCUCGAAGAAGUGGAACUCGACAUGAGAAACAAAGCGCAUCUCAAACCAGACUUUCUUAAACUCAAUCCUCGGCACUCGAUUCCCACUCUUGUCGACAACGGAGUGUCUGUUUGGGAGUCUCGAGCCAUCGCUCAAUACCUGUGCAACAAAUACGCUCCCGAUUCGCCGCUCUAUCCGCGAGAGCCCGAGCGCAGGGCUCGAGUGGACACAGUUCUCAAUUGGGAUCUCAGCUCUUGGGGUCCGGCGCUUCGCAAUUCACUCGUGAGUAUCGCCGAAAGCAGCGCUAGUUUUGAU